CUUCUUCUUCUUCUUCCCGCUGCAGCCAAAAAAAAAAAAGGGAACCCAGUCAGCCUUUGAGAAACUGGUGAGAAAGCUUGGUUUUCUCCUUCUUUUCUUGCUCUAGAACACACCUAGAACCCAGAAAUCUUCCCCCCCCUGCUGGAAAAGCCGGAUCUGCCCUGCUCUGCUUUGUCCUUCCGCCGGCUGCUCUUGAUUGUGGGUGAUUUCUAGGCAUUUCUUUCGACCCGUGAGCUUCCCUGCAGCUUGCCGCCGGCCUCUUCCCCCCCUGCAGCUCCGGUUUCUACAGCUGGGGAAUUAUGUGAAAUGUUUUAUGCUUUUCACUAAAUUGAGCAUGCCUACUUGAAAUUUAAGUGAUUGUCCUGAUGAUUUGAAAGUGAUUGUGAAUUGUGAUUUUCCUGUUAACUUCUGCCUGUUUUGUCUUCGAUGUGGUCAUGUUACUCGUGUGCCCGCCAGUGGGAGGUUUAUAAACGCUUGCCGUGACCUAUAGAGGAGACGUCUAUUUCGUGCCCGUACUGUGUCCGUUUUUCGUGAUUGCACAUGUUGGCAUGCUAUAAGUUUGAUUAAGGGCAAUCCAUAUUUACUUACUGAGUUUAUCUCAUAGUUUUUCCUUGUCCACCAUUUCAGGAAGUGAAACCGAGGACGGGGAAACCACGGGAAGUGACGAGUUAGAAGGCUAGCCAUAUUGUAAUUGGAUAUAAAUUUUAGAUAUGAAUUAUGAUCUUGUAUUUGGAGAUUUUAUGAUAUCAGAGAGAAUUUUAUAAUUUGAUCUUCAGAUUUUGAUGUUAUCAGAUUGUGGUGUGAUAUGUUUCGAGCCUUGUGCAUUUGUGGGACCAGUCUCACGAGUGCACGGCGUCUGCCACGUCCCCGGAUUUGGGUUCUGGGGCGUGACAGAAUAACACCACAAAUUGAUGCUUUUGUAGGUGUGCCUAUUAUCUUUGUCUUUAUUUUGUUAUCUCCUUGACUAAAUUUAUUUCAUCCUCUUAGACUUUCAGUAGACAGAAGCAGGUCCUUAGUGGGAGCCAUUUUGUCAAGAGUUAUACCGCAGCCUGCAGUAGUUUCAACCGUUCCUUGUUUUCAACUAUUACAUGAUAUGGCAGAGUGGGCCAACUACCAACGAAAGUCAGGAGAAUAGCCUCAACAAUUUUGCAUUUGAUUUCUUUCCUAAUCGGUUCUAUUACAAUGUUAAGCCUAUUAUUGCAUAACUACAGAUUGUUGGAAGUUGAAAGGUAAUUCAUUUAUCAAAGAAUCUAAAUUGUUUCAUUAAGAAAACUGAGACAAUGGUAGAAGAUGUUAAGAUCAUGCAGCUCUGAUCUUGUUUCUCUUUGUACUUCAGUAACAUCAUAAUCACUUUGUUUAACAACUUCAAUUUAUUGUAAGUUCUAUUUGUGGUGUUUCUCUCAUUUUUCAACUAGCUACAUUUCCUGUUAUAGUUUCCUGCUUUUUCCUUCAGAUGUUGUUAUGUAUACUCACCAAUGCUUUUGUAAUUAUGGGCUUUGAUUAACAAAUAGAGAGUCCUCAUCAUUAUGAGAUAUGGUUCAAGUGUAACAGAGAUAAGAGUUUAGGCAAGUCUUAUGUAUUUCUGUUGUAUUCCUGCAUCCAAGGUCCUGUUAUGCAUUGUUUUGUAUUCGUUAUGGUCGCUGUUGCAUUUUGAAUUUUAUAUGCCAUUAGCAUAUCAGAUUAGUGAUUCUCCUUCUACUCUUCUGAACCCUUACAUUUGUUUAUUUCUAAAGCCUCUUGAAGGUCAUUGAUCUCAUUGCAGCUUCACCUUUGACAUGUUUGAAGGAUCACCUUGGAAAGGGCGAAAAGCUCACCUUAUCCCUCAGUGGCACAUUUUCUUUUUCUGUGUGGAUGGAGUUGUUGGCUGCAACAACCGAUACACUUGAUUGUAUAUUGCUCUUAGACACUCAAGUCACUUCUUGUGGUGCAACUGUGAAAGGUUUGUUUAGU